UGCAAAUUUCUUCUUCUUCUCCGAGUUUCAGUUUGAGUCUUCCUUUUUCUGCGGCCGACUUCCGAAGCUCACGAUAAACGCCAUUGUUAAGGAUGGAAGAAGACAAAGAGGAUCUCAAGUCGUUUAAAGACCUCGGAGUUUGCGACCAAUUGGUGGAAGCUUGUGAUAGUUUGGGUUGGAAAAACCCAUCUAAGAUUCAAGUAGAAUCUAUUCCUCACGCUCUGGAAGGUAAGGAUUUAAUUGGUCUAGCACAGACGGGUUCGGGUAAAACUGGAGCUUUUGCCCUUCCUAUUCUUCAAUCACUUCUAGAAUCUCCUCAACAAGCCUUCUUUGGUUGUGUUCUUUCACCAACAAGGGAACUUGCAAUUCAGAUUGCAGAGCAGUUUGAAGCUUUGGGUGCUGGAAUAGGGCUCAAAUGUGUAGUGUUGGUGGGAGGAGUGGACAUGGUACAACAGAGUAUUUCUCUUGGAAAGCGACCUCACAUUGUUGUCGCCACUCCUGGUCGUCUAAUCGAUCAUCUGUCCAACACAAAAGGCUUUUCGCUUCGAACAUUAAAAUACCUUGUGUUGGAUGAGGCCGAUAGAUUGUUGAAUGAGGAUUUCGAGAAAGCAAUUGAUGAGAUUUUGAAAGUUAUUCCUAGUGAAAGGAGGACAUAUUUAUUUUCAGCAACCAUGACUAAAAAGGUGAAGAAGCUUCAGAGGGCUUGUUUGAGAAAUCCCGUGAAGAUUGAAGCUGCGUCUAAAUAUUCGACUGUUGAUACAUUGAAGCAGCAGUAUGUCUUUGUUCCUGCUAAGCACAAGGAUACCUACCUUGUCUAUAUUCUGACGGAGAUGUCAGGAAGUACCUCAAUGGUCUUCACUAGGACAUGUGAUGCUACUCGCAUUUUGGCUCUUAUGCUGAGAAACCUUGGUUUUAGAGCUAUCCCAAUUAGUGGCCAAAUGAGUCAGACAAAGAGACUCGGUGCCCUCAACAAAUUCAAGGCUGGAGAAUGCAACAUUCUUGUGUGUACUGAUGUUGCCAGUAGAGGACUCGAUAUUCCAUCUGUGGAUAUGGUUAUCAACUUCGAUAUCCCCUCAAAUUCAAAGGACUACAUUCAUAGAGUUGGAAGAACAGCUCGAGCAGGUCGCUCUGGAGUUGCAAUCUCAAUUGUGAAUCAGUAUGAGUUGGAGUGGUAUAUACAAAUAGAAAAACUCAUAGGUAAGAAACUACCCGAAUUCCCUGCCCAAGAAGAGGAAGUUCUAAUGUUAGCAGAGCGCGUAUCAGAGGCUAAAAGGAUAUCCCAUAUGAAAAUGAAAGAAACCGGUAGCAAAAAGAGAAGGGGAGGAGGAGAUGAAGGCGAUGAAGAAAUGAAGAAGUAUUUAUCUACUGGGAAGAACAACAAUAACACCGGAAAAUCUUUUAAGAAAUCGAAGAAAUAUUAAUGAACUAGGUGGAUUUGCUCGUCAAUUUUGACCUCUUAUUUUAUGUUGUAACUAUAUUUAUCUUGGAUGAUAUUGAAUAUAUAGGUUAAUUAAACAAUUGUAAUUUGUACGGAUUUUGUUAUCAAAUUACUAGUUAUUUUAAUUCUCUGUUA